AGAGUGCCUGGUUAUGUUUAUGUUUAUUUGUUUAUUAAUUAUUUAUUAAAUUUUGUGUUGUGGAUAACAAUAGACAAUAUAAUAAUUUCAGAUUAGUGGGAAAAUAAGACUAAUUGAAGGAUUAUUUAACGUGACUGAAUAUAUUUACCUAAAAAAAAUUAGUGGUUUUACCGUUUUGUGUGUAUAUAAAAGAUCUUUCGCUAGAUACUCGUACAUAUUUUUUUUUUUUUAAUUUUCAAAAUGACAACAUCUGCUUUAGCUUCUCUAACAGCUACUUAUACAGAUUCGGAAGGAGAGGAAGAAGGAAAUGAGGAACAAAAUCAUGACGAGGGUAUCGUGACAUUGAAGUCACCAAGUGGUUCAACUUCUGAUAAUAAAUCUAAUGCUUCAUCUCGUCCAACUAGUCCUGCACCAAUUAGAGUUACAACAAAAGUUGCUAAACUUGUUUCUUACCAUGAUGAUACUAUAGCGUCCGAUGAAGAAGGUGAGCCAGAGGAUGAAGUACCCCAUCGAGUUAUUAUGAUUUCAGAUGAAAAAAAAGGUGAAGAACAGGUGACUGAUGAUGAAGAUGGUAUUAUACCACCAGAACCACCUGGCCACUGUUCGAUUGAGUUGCAAGAGAAAAUUACAAAGUUGUAUGAAAAAAUGCAAAAUCAGCAAUUGGAUAUGAAUGCAGUAAUACAGAAAAGGAAGGAUUUUCGAAAUCCAAGUAUCUAUGAAAAAUUAAUUCAAUUCUGUGGAUUAAAUGAAUUAGGUACAAAUUAUCCUCCAGCAAUAUAUGAUCCUCUGAAAUGGAGUAAAGAAUCUUAUUAUGAAGAACUGGCUAAAGUGCAAAAAAUAGAAAUGGACAAAAGAGAAAAAGAGCGAAAAGGAAAAGUUGAAUUUGUUUCUGGAACUAAAAAACAGGAUGAUGAUAAGAAACGAAAGAGUAAAUGGGAUCAACCAGGAGGAUGUGGUAACAUCUCUACAUCUACGAUAAAGCCAGCUGGAUUAGUGCAGCCCUCAUUAACAAAUACUGCUACAGGUACCAAAGGAACAGUUAUAUCAGCAUUUGGCUCUCUUCCAAAGAAACCUAGGCCAUAAUUCUUUUUAAAAUAUAACAUGAAAGUACAAGUAGUGCUAAUAUGUUGCAUAUUAAUUUUUAUGAAAACUGAUUAUUUUACUCAUUAUAAUUUUAAAAAAUUGUAAAUUUGAUAUUGUUUCAAAAUAUAUGUGUACAGAAUUACAUUCGAAAAAUUAAUUUCA